UGAAGUAACAAACACCAAGUCCUGAUAAGAAUCAAACAGUCGGCUCACAGGUGAAAGCUUGCACUACUCUUUAACCUUUUAAACAUUGUCGCCUCUUUUUCCUUAUUCGACGAACGGAUGAUAACAAACCCUGUGAUCGUGAUAUAUUUUUCCCCCCCUCUCCCCGCUAAGGACUGCUAUUUUGAAACACGUGUCAUUCGUGCGUUUGCAUAGCGCAGGACAGGCGGCAUGGCUGCGGACAAGAAGACGUCUAAUGGACAAGAAACGGCUGCCCUGAACGGAGAGCCCGCGGUUAAGCGAUCCCGGGAAAGUGGAGGGACGGAGUCUCUGCGGAAUCCCCGUGAGCCUCAGAAUAAAGUGACCGUGGUGCUUGGUGCUCAGUGGGGAGAUGAGGGGAAGGGAAAGGUGGUCGACCUGCUGGCUAUGGACGCCGACAUUGUCUGCAGAUGCCAGGGCGGAAACAACGCUGGACACACGGUUGUGGUGGACAGCGUGGAGUACGACUUCCACCUCUUACCCAGCGGCGUACUCAACAAAAAGGCCAUCUCUUUCAUCGGAAACGGAGUUGUGAUUCACCUGCCUGGACUGUUUGAGGAGGCGGCGAAAAAUUCUCAGAAAGGCUCUGGACUGCAGGGCUGGGAAGAGAGGCUGAAGAUUUCUGAUCGAGCGCAUAUCGUGUUUAACUUCCAUCAGGCUGUCGAUGGGUUACAGGAGCAAGAAAGACAACAGCAGGCUGGGAAGAACUUGGGGACAACCAAAAAGGGCAUCGGUCCAGCAUAUUCCUCCAAGGCAGCACGUAAUGGUCUGCGAGUGUGUGACCUGGUCGCUGACUUCUCAAUUUUUGCUGAAAAAUUCCGUGUCCUGGCGAACCAUUUUCAGACUAUGUUCCCUAAUCACAACAUCGAUGUUGAGAAUGAGCUGGAGCAGCUAAAGGAUUAUGCAGAGAAGUUGCGGCCUCUGGUCACAGAUGGUGUGUACUUCAUGCAUAAAGCUCUUACUGGACCAAGCAAGAAGAUUCUGGUUGAGGGGGCUAACGCAGCUCUAUUGGAUAUCGAUUUUGGAACCUAUCCUUUCGUGACGUCAUCCAACUGCACUGUCGGAGGUGUGUGCACAGGUCUUGGGGUUCCCCCAUCCUACAUUGGCCGUGUGUAUGGUGUGGUUAAGGCUUACACCACCCGAGUUGGUGUCGGAGCCUUUCCCACUGAGCAGGACAACGACAUUGGCGAGCUUCUGCAGUCAAGAGGAAGGGAAUUUGGAGUUACCACAGGCAGACGGCGACGCUGCGGGUGGCUGGACCUCGUUUUAGUUCGCUAUGCCCACAUGGUCAAUGGCUUCACAGCUAUCGCUUUGACCAAGUUGGACAUUCUUGAUACUUUGUCUGACAUAAAAGUGGGUGUGGCCUACACAGUUGAUGGCAAGCCCUUAGACAGCUUCCCUGCUAACAUGGAUGUCCUGACGAAAGUGGUGGUGACCUAUGAGACGUUACCUGGGUGGCACUGUAGCACAGAGGGAGCACGCACUUUCGACGACUUGCCACCUCAGGCACAGGACUACAUUCACUUUAUUGAGAAACACCUACAGGUGCCAGUAAAAUGGGUCGGAGUUGGAAAAUCCCGCGAGUGCAUGAUAAAGCUUUUUUAAAGAUGCACAGGAGAGUACCUGAAAUCCAUCACCUUCAUACGUCUUCCAAGGACUGCAUAACAUUUUCGGGACCAGAAACUACGUAGUGGAUCAGUGCUGGACUAAAGACGAACCCGGGUUGAGAAUCCUGGACGUCCCCACUUAAAGUGAGCACCAGCGUAAUAACAGUUCAGGACCACAGAUAUAGAAAUAAGGGAUUGCAAAAUGUUGCAAAAAAAAAAAUUCAUUUAGAGAAUGACUCAGGGGUCAUGUGUAUGAAACAUCCGAAUAAGAUUUCUAUUCUUGCAUAUGUUUGGUGGCUUUAAUUUUCAAUUCCUAGACCAGCAUUCUUAUUGAAAUGCUCAAUGCAUAAUGGUUCCGACGUCAUACACUCCCACUCUAGUGCUGCACUAAAAGGAGCUUUUGUGUUAAAUGUAUUGCAAAUUGCACCGUUCAGACCUCUGGGGUUUAUCCUUCCUCUGUACUGUUCUGUAAUUACUGAUUUACAGGUUCAAACUUUUUUUGUUUUUGUCCUCAGCUGAUAACCCAUCGUCCAUUACGUUCAUUUUACCAUUCUCAAAAAUCUAUGGCUUUAUUUUGAUUUGCUGCAUUUUAGAAAAGAAAUGUACUAUUUUUUCAUCUAUGUUGAUAAUAGGCUUUUAAAAUCUAUUGUAAAAGUGUAGCCAAACUUUUUAUGUAAUCAUGUGUAUGGGGUUGAUUGGAUGACCCUGCGAUUUCAAAAAAACAUUGUUUUAAUUUGUAUGUGUUGGGUGGCUGGUGUUGGUUUACUUAAAUAAAUAAAAGGUUUACUUCAGAGCUGUUUAAUAAAAGUAAUGGAUUUACUUUUAAACGUAUACCCUUCACUUUUAACAAAUGCGGUGCAGUGAUCGAUUCACCCAGAUAACUACAGUUGCCUUUCCACUGGAGUGUGUUCCUUUUUGUGUGUCGAGUUAUCAACUGCUGCUUUGGAACAAUAAAGUGUUCUGAAUAAACUGA